AUGGCUGACCAUCCAACUAUCUCUUGGCAGGCCAUGCAAGAUGGCAACAUCUUCUACAAACGGCAGCAGGUCUAUUCAAUAAACGGCAAGCUUCCCAAUCUCGGGGAUUUCUUCAUCGCUGGAUGUCGUUAUGGAGGUCCUCUAGCGCUCAUGAGGGAUAACACCAAAAUGGUCGCGCUGGGACGCGGUGCUCCAGCGUUCUCCAAGUCUCAGAUCCAGGUGUUCUCACCCGCGGGAGAUGGGUUGCUGUUGUUCAGUUGGGAUCAGAGCAAGAUUGUCAAGUUUGGCUGGACAGCAGAUGAGCGACUUGCUGUGCUUAAUGAGGAGGGAACGUAUCGGUUAUACGACUUGCAGGGUGACUAUGAGCAGUACUCCUUGGGAAGCGACGCGGCGGAAGUGGGCAUCAUCGACGCGAAGAUUCAUGAGAGCGGAAUGGUGGCGAUGACGGGUUCAUUGCAGUUGCUCGAGGUGAAGGGAUGGGAAGGCGUAAAGCCAUUGACACUGAAUAAUCCAGGGUUAUCGCAGCCACCGUUUUCAUGGACGGUGAUCCCACCAGACUUUACAAUAUCCCGGCACGUUGAAGUGCUGCUUUCCGUAGACUCUACCAUCCUUACCGUUGACAACCUCGACUCUGUCGAUCAACGCCUGUCUCGUGGACCUUUCUCCCACAUGUCUCCUUCGCCCAACGGCAAAUCCCUCGCACUACUCACCCUCGAGGGGAUGCUUUGGGUCGUCUCGACCGACUUCCAGAGAAAUCUCACCGAGUUUGAUACGAAGGACGUGGUGGGAGCUGAAGGCGACGUGCGGCAAGUUGAAUGGUGCGGUAACGAUGCGAUCUUGGUCACAUGGGACACGCUCGUCCUACUGGUGGGGCCCUUUGGCGAGACUCUACAGUUCUUGUACUUUGGAUCCACAUUUGCCAUAACCGAGAUCGACGGUGUCCGUAUCAUCGGGCCCGACGUCUGCGAUCUCGUACAGAAAGUACCAGCAUCUUCGGUGUCAGUGUUCCGUCCCGGCUCGACGUCUCCAUCCGCUAUACUAUAUGAUGCUUGGGAGAACUUUUGUCGUCGAUCUCCGAAGGCGGACGAGAACAUACGGAGCAUUCGCCCGGAAUUGGCUGCUGCAGUCGACGAGGUCAUCGAUGCGGCAGGCCAGGAGUGGGAGCCUACAUGGCAGCGUAAGCUAUUAAACGCAGCCAAGUUUGGGAAAGCAUUUCUAGAUCUGCAUAACCCUACGGACUUCAUCCACAUGGGACAAACACUGAAGGUCCUCAACGCAGUGCGCUUCUAUGAGGUUGGCAUCCCCAUCACCUAUUCCCAAUACAAUUACCUCUCGCCCACCCACCUCAUCUCACGUCUGACAUCUCGCAACCUCCAUCUGUUCGCCCUUCGUGUUUCCUCCUUUCUCUCCCUUCCUCCAGACAACGUCUUGAAGCAUUGGGCAUCUGCUAAGAUCAUGAAGUCGAAACCGACGACGACGGGGUCUGGUAAGGAUGCGGAACUUUCCGCCGACGAGGAUGUAUGCAAUAGUAUCGUCGAAAAGUUCCGGACGCUGGGAGGUGCCAGUGUCAACUACGCAGAGAUCGCAAAGCGCGCAUGGGAAGUCGGACGAACCGGAUUGGCGACAAUGCUUUUAGACCACGAGCCCAGAGCGUCGGAUCAAGUCCCCCUACUCCUUGCUAUGAAGGAGGAUCGCCUAGCAUUGCAGAAAGCAGUAGACAGUGGGGACACGGACCUAGUUUACCACGUACUUCUCCACCUAUACAAUCGUCUCCCUCUGGGCAACUUCUUCCGCCUCAUCGAGGACGGGGGAUCAAGGCUUGCUUCCGCGAGCAAGUUGCUCCAGGUAUAUGCGCGGGAGCAAAACCGGGAAAUGCUCCGCGAUUUCUAUUUCUCGGAUGAUCGACGGGUCGAAAGCGCUGUCCUAUUGUUAGAAGAGGCAGCGCGGAUGCAGGAUCCUAGCGCCAAGGUCACUGCAGUCAAGGCUGCUCACAAGUUCUUCUCAGAAGACAAGGAACGCGCGUUUGAGGCUAAGUCAAUGGAUGAAUAUAGCCGCCUGCUCACGGUUCAACAGCAGCUAGAAAAGGAGACUGAUGACAAGAUUCCAUUCUUCGGGCUGAGUGUCAACGAAACCCUGCGAACCUGUCUUGUCAAUGGUAUGUCGAAGCGCGCGGACAAGAUCAGGUCCGACUUCAAAGUCCCCGAUAAGAGGUUUUGGCAUCUCAAGCUACAUGCACUUGUUUCAACGAGAGACUUUGAGGGCCUCGAAGCUUUCGCACGGUCAAGGCGUAGUCCGAUUGGAUAUGAGGCGUUCGUACGCCAUCUUGUCGAGAAAGGCCACGCGAAAGAGGCCGCCAGCUACGUUACACGGUGUGACGCGCCCAAGAGAGUCGAUUUGUAUGUCGAAUGUGGUGAAUGGCGAAUGGCAGGGAAAGAGUGCAAGGAGCGGGGAGAUAAGGUCAGGCUGGAACAGUUACGAAGUGCAUGUCCAAACUCCAUGAUCGCAAGAGAGCUCGAAGCAAUAGCUACGUCGAUGAAGUGA